AUGGCACCCCAAAUCCUGCCAUUCGUAAUCUUGGGUGGCAUAGUCAUCGCAUCGGCAGCGCAGACUGAACUCGCCCAUCAUGUCACGGCCUACCUACACUUCGAUAAACCCUACUUUACUUUCUUCCUCACCCAUUCGACCUUCUCUCUGAUCUUUCCCCUACAUUUGGGGCUUUUGUAUUUCACCAGCCCCAUACCUGUCUCGGCAUACCUCGCUUCGAUCCGGUUCGUUCUGACGGAACAGCUUGGUCUGGCGAGUCCUCAUAUGUCAAUCUCCACCCGCGAGUACACUGCCUCCUGGCGAGAUAUCCUCCCCAUAUGGAGCCAGAAGGUCGCUCUCCUGACGGCACUGGUCACAGUUCCUGCCUUGUCAUGGUUUGUUGCUAUGCGGUACUCGAUGCCCGUCGACAUCACGAGCAUCUACGCUACAAGCAGCUUUGCGGCAUAUGGGUUUAGCUUGCUAUUGCUAGGGGAGACGCUGAGCAGGAUGACACUUGGCUGCAUACUGUUGGCGUUUGCGGGAGUUAUUAUCAUCAGCCUUGAUGGGAUCGAUAGCGGUGAAGGAGAUUCGAGUAGAAGAGCUCUUGGUGAUGGGGUCAUGCUGUUCGGCGCAAUCGCUCUCGGGUUAUACGAAGUGAUCUACAAAUUGACUUUGCCUGAAGGGCAAGGAGGCGUGACCGUCUCUCCUGACGAGGAAGAAGAAUACGACCCCCUGCCUACGUCGCACACACCCCCUCAUUCGCCAGAAUCCAGCGCAAUCAGCCAUCGGUCACAUUUCCACCCUCAUCGCUCCGCAUCGACCCCGGAUAUCCCCCUAGAUACUGCCUCGCCUGUCCUUGAAGACGAGCAUGAGCGGCCAUAUGCUCUUCGUCGAUACACCUCGGCCUCGCAGCUCAUCAAACCUGGAGCGCCCCACUAUCCUGGACACCCAGUUCCUCUUCCACCCGCUCUGCAUGCCAAUUUCAUUACGAGCUGUAUUGGUGUGGCAACAUUCUUAUUGCUCUGGCCACCCAUAAUCUGGCUACAUUGGAUGGGUUUUGAGACUUUCCAAUGGCCUGGGCAGGCGGGCGAGAGCGCUGUCAUGAUCUGGGGCGGACUAGCUGUCGUAGCUUGGGGUGGUGCUCUAUACAACGCUGGUCUCAUGGUGCUCAUUGGUGUAUGGGGUCCCACAACCUCGUCAGUCGCAAACCUAUUGGCAAUCGGCUUGGUGGCUCUGGUAGAUGCCCUGUGGGUAGGAAUCAUGCCGGAUCUGCAGACGUUUGUGGGAGUGGCUUUCAUAUGUGCCGGUUUCGGUGGCGCGCUGUGGGAGGGCGAUCCUUGA